AUGCUUGCAGGAAGAGCGAUACUAGAAGAGCUGAUACUAGAAGAGCUGAUACUACAAGAGCUGAUACUAGAAGAGCUGAUACUAGAAGAGCUGACACUAGAAGAGCUGAUACUAGAAGAGCUGAUACUAGAAGAGCUGACACUAGAAGAGCUGAUACUAGAAGAGCUGAUACUACAAGAGCUGACACUAGAAGAGCUGAUACUACAAGAGCUGAUACUAGAAGAGCUGAUACUACAAGAGCUGACACUAGAAGAGCUGAUACUAGAAGAGCUGAUACUAGAAGAGCUGAUACUAGAAGAGCUGACACUAGAAGAGCUGAUACUAGAAGAGCUGAUACUAGAAGAGCUGACACUAGAAGAGCUGAUACUAGAAGAGCUGACACUAGAAGAGCUGACACUAGAAAAGCGAUACUAG